AGUGAGGAGGGUUAGAUACAGACACCAGCAACAAGCAGAGGAACUAACAGCAGCAUUCUUUGGAAAGAAAGGAGAAAAGGUUAUAACCAUGAAAAGCAUCCACUCCCUGGCUGGUAUCCUUCUGAUCUUCAGCUUUGUACAGAGCAGCUGGCAGGUUCCUCUGCAUGAGGCUGGUGACAGCUCAAGUUUUGAGGCAGACGACACAUUAGUGGAUGAGGCGAGGGAGCUGUCGAACAUGAAGAGACACUCUGAGGGAACUUUCUCCAACGACUACAGCAAAUACUUGGAGGACAGGAAGGCGCAGGACUUCGUUCGGUGGCUGAUGAACAACAAGAGGAGCGGUGCUGCAGAAAAGCGCCAUGCAGAUGGAACCUUCACCAGCGACGUGAGCUCCUACCUCAAGGACCAGGCAAUCAAAGACUUUGUUGCCAGCCUCAAGUCUGGACAAGUCAGAAGAGAAUCUGAAAUGGACAGGCGGGGUGAAGCGUUCAGCAGGAGGCAUGUAGAUGGAAGCUUCACCAGUGAUGUGAACAAGGUGCUGGACUCCAUGGCUGCAAAGGAAUAUUUACUCUGGGUCAUGACCUCCAAGCCUUCAGGGGAGAGUAAGAAAAGACAAGAGGACCAAUGAGACACUCCUCAAGGACUCCCUCUGUGUGCUGCACACAAAGCCAUACACAGAAGGAAUAGAAAGCCAUACUGCUUUGCAUGUUGUAAUGUCAACACUAUAUUUAAAUUUGUAAGUCUUUUUUUACUUACUGUAUGUGAUGCAAAGAUACAAAAACUACUACUCUUCCAUAGUUUUUAUGGUGCACCAAAGAGAAGAAAUGAAAUUGAGGGCAUAUUUUUUCUACAAAUUUAAAUUAUUUUCUAUAUUUUUAAGGUGAAAACAAGAACACAAAAAGUGAAAUCUCAGGUCGGCCUAUAGAAAACACAUGUAAUGUAGUUGGUUGUCAUUGCAUAUUAUUAAUCCGCUCUGCAAAAUAAAGUCUUUCAUUGUG